AUGCGCGCUGGCCUGGCUCCUCCUCUCGGCUCAUCUUCUUCUUCUCCUCAUCUUCCUGCCUAUCCCCGCUCCUACGCCGGCACUAGCAGUACUCCUCUACCACCAUCUACGACUACGUCCACAGGCUCCGCACCCGAUACGACCAUGGAUAGAGUCUUCGUCCGGUCGGUUGGUCGCGGGUUCGCCCUACGCCCACGGGACUACUUCAACAACUGCUACGAGCCCACGCGCGAUGCCGCCUUCGAGCCCCUACGCCCCGAGCCCGCCGAACAAGGCGAACGCCGCGGUACCAAGCGAAAGGUGCCCGAAGAGCCGCCCCCCGCCCCUGCUGCCCCCGCGCCCGUGGAGAACUUCAAGUGCGAGCGAGACCUCUCGCGCUUUGAAAAACUGGGCAAGCUCGAAGAGGGCGCCUUCGGCGUCGUCUACCGAGCCAGGGACAAGGACUCGGGCCAGGUGGUGGCGCUCAAGAAGAUGAAGCGGCGGAAGGAGGAGCACGAGGAGGGAGUUCCCCUGUCGGUGCUGCGCGAGAUCAAGAUCGGCGUGCUGCUGCAGGGGAAUGUAAAUAUCAUCAGCAUCCGGGACAUCAUUUUUGAAGAGACCGACGACUGGGAGGACGUCAAGGACGGCGGGAGCAAGCGGCUCAAGGACGAUUCGCAGAGCAGCGGCCGAGGCAGCGGCGACAAGGAGAAGGAGAAGGAGGCGGACGAGCGCAACAGGCUGCUGCUACGACGGGGCAAGGGCAAGGAGAUCUACCUGUCGCUGCUCUACCAGCUGCUGUCGUCCGUCGCCCACAUGCACGCCCUGGGCAUCAUCCACCGGGACAUCAAGACGAACAACUUGCUGCUCGGCAACGAUGGCAUACUCCGCCUCACCGAUUUUGGCCUUUCACGAGAGUACUAUAUGAGCGACAACAACGACAAGAAGAAGAACAAGGACGAGUGGGCGCAGAUGAACGGUGAAAACGGCAUGCUCUACACUCCCACCGUGGUCACGCUGCGAUACCGGUCCAUGGAGCUGCUCCUGGGCGUGAAGGAAUACACGACGGCCAUUGACAUGUGGUCGUGCGGCGUCAUCUUUGCCGAGCUCGUCAACGGUACCACUACCACCGAUCGACCCCAGGGAACAAUGUAA